GACCCGGAAGCACUUUCCCAUCGGCGGGGACAGCUCAGCAGCGGGUGUGUUGCAGCGGCUCUGGCUCGGUCCUUCUCCCGGUCUCAGUCCUGGCCACGGUGCCCGCCGCUCGCCGCCCCCUUCACGGCCGCCCCCCGGCCGCCUCCCCGCCACCGCUGUCCUGCUGCUGCUCCGCCGCCGCCUCCUUCUCCUCAUGAAGCCCGUCGUUGUCUUCGUCCUCGGCGGGCCCGGGGCGGGCAAGGGGACGCAGUGCGCUCGCAUCGUGGAGAAAUACGGCUAUACGCACCUUUCUGCUGGUGACCUCCUUCGAGAUGAACGAAAAAGGCCAGGCUCACAGUAUGGAGAACUCAUUGAGAACUACAUUAAGGAGGGGGAAAUUGUACCGGUGGAAAUAACAAUCAGCUUAAUCAAGAGGGCCAUGGAUCAAACAAUGGCUACCAAUUCCCAGAAGAACAAGUUCUUAAUUGAUGGAUUUCCCAGGAAUGAAGAUAAUCUUCAAGGCUGGAAUAAGACUAUGGAUGGAAAGGCAGAUGUUUCUUUUGUUCUCUUUUUUGAUUGUGACAAUGAGAUAUGUAUUGGCCGCUGUCUUGAAAGAGGCAAGAGCAGUGGUAGGAGUGAUGAUAAUCGGGAGAGUCUGGAAAAGAGAAUUCAUACAUAUCUGCAGUCUACGAAGCCUAUAAUAGAUUUGUAUGAGAGAAUGGGAAAAGUCAGAAAAGUGGAUGCCUCUAAAUCUGUUGAUGAAGUUUUUGAAAAAGUUGUACAAAUUUUCGACAAAGAAGGCUAAUUCCCAGCUUGAAAGUUCAUUUCAACUUGUGCUUGAAUCUUGCUUGAAUAGCUGCUACUGCAGUCCACUCUUUGUAAUCGUUUUAAAAGAUUCUUUUCUUUUUAAUGGUUUUCCACGGAUCUACUGAUGAUUGGAAAAGCAGUUCAUUACAAAUGUUUUUUAAACAGGAAAUCAUUUCUUGUGGCUAUAGUAUAUAAAUUUCAGGGUUCUCCAUUAGUACAAGUUCAGUUACUCGCACAGUAAAACCACAGUCAAAACAUCUCUCUGAAGAGACUAUUUAUUGUCACAGUUCUGUGCCUAUCAUGGGCAGCCCUUAUUCCUUAUUGCCAUACACCUAUUUAUUUAUUUUAAGGAUCAACCAAACAGCAGCAUUAAGUAAUGAGAGAACUGUGCCCUUGUUUGGUUUUGGGAUGCUUGGACCAAAUUUAGCAGGUAUUUUUUUCAGAGUAUAAUUUCAUCACAAAGUUCCCUGUUAUACCCAAACCUGAAUUCUGUAAGUCAAGCUACAGUUAGUAUGGGAAUCUGUCUUAGCAGUUCUCACAAAAUUACUUACUACGCUGUUCAGCAAAAGACAUACCAAGUACUUUAUGGAAAGUGGUGCUUUCUUAUGACUCUGGAUGUAAACUGUCUUUUGUUCCUGAGUACAUUGAUGACAUGGCCCUGGGCUUUACUUUGUCUUCAUUAGCAGAAAGUUAAGACUAUAGUUUCUAAGCCAGGUCAGUAUUUCUGUACUCAUUUUAAAUUACAGUUACAUUCUUAAUUACAACAUGGUCCUCAGAAGGCAGCAAAACUCUUAAAUAGUGUACAAUAAGCAGAAUCUUCUAACAGUUCUUUCUUUUGUAACAGAUGGAAGGGAUUUUCUGUAUUAUUAUUGAAAUACUGUGUUACUGAAUGCUUUAAGGUUUGUUACCUGGGGAAAUAUUUUUAUGGUUAAACUAGUGAUUUUUUUCCACCCUAAAAUUGUAUAAUUUUAGUAGCUGUUCAUUUGGAAAGAUUAUAAAUUAUUGCACUUAUGAUGGGGUCAGUGGGAGGGAAGAUACCUGCAGAAAACGUUCCUUUCCCUUAAAUAAAUUGGGUCCUGCUUCAUCGUGUUCUCUUGAAUUAGCCAAGUAUGGUCAGUAGGUAUAGUUGGGAUAAGCAGAUAAGUAGUUGAAACAAACUGGUUUAAAUGUUUGCACAGAUGUGAUGUAAUUCUGCCUUUUGUUUAAAGUAACCUUUUCUCUCCCCUGUAUAGUAUGCAUAGGCCUGCGGGGGCCCAGCCGUGCA